AUGACUUCCUCAGUCGCGUCACCCAACGUCCCAACCUCACCCUCACCUGAUGACUGGACACUCACUCUAAAGGCGAACCUCACUAAACUCGCCGCGUCUUCGUCACUCUUCGAAGACUACCCUGGAACACCCAUUUACGAAGCUCGCAGAUCACAACUCGCUCGCAUCGAAAAUGGUUGGCGCGUUGUCCUUCUCUCGUACGCAAAAGAUGAUAUCGCGAACGGCAUUACUGGUAUUAGGAGGAAAAGGUACUGGACGGAGUGCGAGUGUCUUCUUGCUUACGAGCUGAGGGAUACCGAAGCGCGAACAGAAAUUGAUGGCUCUGAGGGGAGCUUCUUUGAUGCUUUUGUCAAGUACGCGAACUACAUCCCCUGUCCCCAGUUCCUUACAGGAGUCAGUGUAGAAGAAAUUGCGGAGAAAACUGCUCCUGAGUCAGGAACCAUGGAUAUCAUCGGAGAAACUCACCCCUCUUCGCUUGUCGGAAGUGUUCUUACCGACGACGAAGCUGGUUCUCCACCAAUCGAGGUUGUUGUUUCCAUCGCCGAACCUGCUGCUCCAGCUAUUGGCGAAGUAACGAUUGUCGUCCCGGAUGACAUACCUACCCCUACUUCACCUCUAUCACGAGGGAUAGAGAUUCUCCCUACGGCAUUCUCUUACCCCAGCGAGAAAGUAUCUCCAAAGAAGCAAGCUUCCAAAACCAAACCAAAAGCAAAGCGUUCAGUUACUCCCUCCAAGAUUUCUUCCUGGAAUGUGAAUGUCGUUGGAACCGCUCAAGAGCAGUUUUCUCGUUGCAAUGAUCUACCAUCCCUUAAUUCUCGUUGUCCCAGUCCUUCCUCGUCCAACUACUCUUCUCCGCCUAACCACGACGUCGAGGCCGCCUCUUCACCCUCUGCAUCUGCAUCUAAUGUUGUUACAGUUCAGACAGCCAGUCUCUCUUCUCGCAUCAUCCGGGCAUUCAGUCUUGUAUCCUUCAUCGGCUUCGUCGGUUUCUGGCCUGCCCGCGUCUUUCGUGAUGGCGCACUUCGCGCCAUGACCUUGAUUGGCAUUCACAGGAAGUAA